AUGUUCGCAUUCUUCUUGAUUGCCGGCCUAGUCAUGGCUGACACAUGUAAUUCAAACAAUGGACAGUUUGCAUGCAGUGGGAAUGAUAUUGCAAUGAAAGCAUCUGCAGAGGACUCGAGAUGGCAAACGCCACCCCGUGGAAGUGAAGACUGGAAAGAAGGGUAUCAAGGAUAUUCUCAUGUAGUUGGGUACGCACAAGUGAAAUACACAUCUACCGCAAGAACAGCCGCAACGGUCACAGUAGUUCCAUCCGUGAAUCCAAAAUAUAACAUCAAAAAGAUCACAUACGAGUACAAUGGUGUUGCCUCAGAUUCUGAAGUGUAUCAAGUCUCUAAAGAAACACUCCCAACAGAAGAUUUGAAGAUUAAAGUGAUUGUCCAUAUGGACAAUGGAGAGACUGAAUACAUCAAUUUGGAACCACUCGACUUCGUCUGGAGUAUUCCAGCCGCCAAUUUACCAUCUAACUAUCAAAAAGGACAGAAGGGUGGUAUCGUUGAGAUGUUUGGAUGGCCAUUUGAAGACAUUGGAAAGGAGUGUGAAUUCAUGGGCAAGGCGGGGUGGCUUGGCGUUAAAGUGUAUCCCCCACAAGAUGGAGUUCUUUCCUUUGACCAACCACAAGACAAUUUGUUGAAUCCAUGGUAUUGGGUCUAUCAACCCGUCGCUUACAAGUUGACUUCACGUAUGGGGACUCGUGCACAAUACAGAGAGAUGGUCAAGAAGUGCCGAGCUGCGAAUGUCUUAGUGUACAACGACAUGGUUUUGAAUCACAUGUCUGGUGGAGGAAAUGAUGUGUUGAAUCAUUGCAAUGGUGGUAACUUCUGGGGACCAAAAGAGUCAUUUACUAGUGCACCAUACUACACAUUGGGAUUCACAUAUGGCACAGACAAGUACACCGGUAAAAUUAACACCGCUGAAUACCCCGGCUCAGCUUAUGGUCCAUUACACUUCCAUUGUGAAAGAUCACUUAACUCAUGGAGUGACGGUUUCAUUAUGAACGCUGGUUAUCUCUCUGGUUUGACUGAUUUGGCCACUGAGAACGACUAUGUCAGAGACAGAAUUGCGACGUGGAUUGUCGAGAACUUGGGAGCUGGAGCUUCUGGUAUUCGUAUGGAUGCUGCCAAACACAUCUGCCCAGAUGAUAUUGCUGCCAUCUUUGGUAAAGUGAAAGAGUAUAUGGGUGGUGCAUUACCGGACGACUUCAUGGCUUAUCUUGAAGUGAUUACUGGCGGUGAAGCAGACAUGUUGGUGUGCAAUUAUAAUGACUAUCAAUACACCAAAUACUUGACUGAGCAACUUCAGAAGAAUGGACUGAGCAACAGCGAUGUUAUGAAAGUGAAAAUCUGGCAGAGCUGGUAUCCAAAUGAGUGGAAUAAAUGUGAAGGAACUAUCGAAUGGGAGAGACUUGUUAUUGAGAACGAUGACCACGACCAACAGAAACCAGGAAGUUCAUCGCGUGAUAUGCAUGACGCUGGCUCAGUUUUAGUUAAAGAGAAAGAUAUCAACAGACACAGAAACUUUGAAGUCCAAUUGUUCUCAAGAACAGACAGAAACUGGACACACAGACUCUUGUUGUCUUCAUACACUUUACAAGAUGGGUUGAAUGGAAAUGAUGGAUUCCCCGAUGGACUUUCUGACUGUUCAUUGUGCACUGGAAGUUAUUGUGGCAGUUGCAAAUCGAUUCCAAAGAGAGAUGCCUAUGUUGCUGAUGCGACUGGAUAUACAGUAGAAGGAUGGAGAGGAAGUGAUUAUACCAGAACACACAGAGACACUGCCAUCAUCAAUGCCAUGAGAGGAUGGAUGGGUCUUGGUUCCAUUUCAGCUAAAGAACUUGGUAUUAAAGAAGACAAUUAA